UCCAUCAACUCCGACAAAAAAUUGUUGUAGAACUGUUCUCCAUCAACUCCGACGUCGGUUGGCCUCUGUGUGAAUUGUGAUCUCCUACUUCUUUCUGGUUCACUUUUAUCUUCUCAACUUGUUCCUUGGAGGAAGCAACCGGCCAUCCUAUUCAGCCCCCUUCGACAAGGUAACUAUCAUCGAUUAUGGAAGAACUGAAUAGAAACGCCAAAGAGUUAUGGCGUAUACAAAGGGAAGUGGAAGAAGAAGUCAAGAAAGCUAAAGAAGCUGGAAAAGAGUUCGAUGAAGAAGCUACUAAGUGGUUAGAAAAAGUCAAGAAAAUAAGUGGUAACAUGAAGGACAAGAGAGAUGGUAAAGUGGAAACAAACAUGAUAGUUCAUAACAUGAAAGAAUGGUUCUCGAGUAACAAUCAGUCAAAAAGUAAUUCCAGUCAGGAUGUCCUGGAAGUGAAAACCCUUGUAGAUGAAGGAAAGAGUGUUUUAACCGUUUGUUUCCCUGUAGAUUCGACAGGAAUCGAAGAUGUAUGGCGUGCAGGGUUUGUUAAAUUCAACUCUAGGAGAUUUGAAUAUAACAGAAUUAUGGAAGGACUAAGAGAUGAAGAAGUUGGCUUAAUUGGCACCUGCGGGAUGGGAGGCAUGGGGAAAACUAAAUUGGUGGAAGAAAUAGGUAUGAACGCUAAGAAGCUUGAAAUUUUAUUUGAUCAUGUGGUGAUUGCAACUGUAUCCCAAGAAGUUGAUAUUAGAAAUAUCCAGGGGAUAUUUGCUGAUAUGUUGAACCUGACGUUUAAAAAAAAUACUGAGAGCGGCAGAGCAUAUGAGCUUCGAGAAAAAUUGGAGAAAGAAAGUAAGAUUCUAGUAAUUCUGGAUGAUGUUUGGGAGAAAAUAAACAUGGAGAGCAUUGGAGUUCCUGUAUAUUCAAAUCACAAAGGAUGCAAAAUUAUUCUCACUACACGUAGAGAGGAAGUAUGUGACGAUAUGGGUUGCAGUCUGAUUGUUCGAUUAGGAAAGAUUGACGAUAAUGAAGCAAUGGGUUUGUUUAUUAAGUCUGCCGAACUAAUUUACAAAAUACCCGGGGAACUCAUCAAAAGCACAAAAAAGAUAGUUAAGGAGUGUGCCGGUUUACCCCUUGCUAUUGUCACUGUAGGAAGAGCUCUAAGGGGUAGAAGCCCGGACGAGUUUGAAGAUGCUGCUCUUAAACUUUCCAACUCUAGCUAUGUUGAUAUACAAGAUGCCGAUAAGGAUGUUUAUGCUUGCCUGAAACUGAGUUACGACUAUUUGAGAGAAAAAGAUGUCCAAAACUGCUUAUUGCUGUGUUCUUUGUAUCCAGAAGAUAGCAUGAUAAUGGUGGAGGAAUUGGUUAGGUAUUCCUACGGACUGUGGUUGUUUGAAAAAGUUGAAUCAGUUGAUGAAGCGAGACAGAAGAUAAUUAAAUCUGUAGAAAUACUUGAAAAGGCUUCCUUGUUGUCUCAACAUAAACCUCUCGACCCUGAUCCCUUCCUAGAACAGCACUGUGUCAAAAUGCAUGAUGUAGUUCGCGAUGUUGCAUUAUGGAUAGCCAAAAAGGAAUAUGGCCCUUUUAUUGUGGUGAACUCCUUUAAAGAGUUGAAGAAGAAAAUGAGUGAAAAUGCAUUUGCUGUUUCACUAACUUCUCCUUAUUAUUACAAUGGAGAAUCAUCGCCGGAGCCGGAAGAGGUUUGUUUUCCAGCAACACUCAAACUUGUACGGUUGCACCUUAAAUCGAAAAAGUGGCCAGGUCAGCUCUUCAAAUAAAGUCUGGCAGCUUUCAAUCAAAUUUAAUUUCUAAAAAUGACAUUUGAUUGCUAUUUGCUAAUAAAAGUUCCUCCUGUGUGGGUUGUGUAGGUAAAGUCGUCUUCGCAAAGCCAAGUGCUUUGCAA